AUGGCUAACGAUAAUUUGGAAGAUUUGAAAAACGGCAAACGACCAGCAACGUCUGCAAAUGCCGAAAUAAUGGACGAUAAUAUCGACGAACUCAUACAAGAAAACGCUGAAAAAAUCAGAGUGGGACGUGAUUACCAGGCUGUCAUUCCAAAGCUAUUGGUACUCCCAAAAAAUAGACGUGAACGACUGAACAAAAAAGCACUAUUGGUUUGGUCUCCAACAGAAAAUAUUUCAGAAAUUAAAUUAGAUGAAUACAUAUUACUAUCAAAAGAAAAAUAUGGUUACAACAGUGAACAGGCAUUGGGUAUGCUAUACUGGCAUCACCACGACAUGGAAAAGGCUCUUAGUGAUCUAUCAAAUUUUGCACCUCUACCAGACGAUUGGUCAACUGAUGAUAAGGUUACUUUUGAAUCAGCCUUUAAUAGUAUUGGAAAGAAUUUUUUACGCAUUAAACAAAUGAUGCCUGAUAAACCAAUAGCAUCAUUAGUCAAAUAUUACUAUCUUUGGAAAAAUAAGCGAAAGAAGAGCAGUGUUAUAGACCGACAAGCUAAAAAAUUAGCAAGUGUCCGUGCAAAUGAAAAUCAAAACGGAAGUAGAGAAGGGUCCAGUUCAGCAGAGUCUGAGCCUGAUGACAAGAAGGACGCCGGGGAAGGAAGUUCAAAACAGUCUUGUUCAAUUUGUGGAGUUUUUGUUACUACACUUCAUCCUACCCAAAAAGGAUCAAUGUGUGGCACAUGCCAUACACAUUUCCGGAGGACUAAUGGUGGUAUUAGACCAACAUUAGGUCCACCACGUCCAAACAAUCGCCAUUUGAAUGUUGCUCGUAAUAAGCGUUUACCACCACGAGGCAUGUAUGUUAAUCAUGAUGAUCUUCAAUCUAUUGCAUCUGGAUCCAAUGGUCAAGGAGAAACUGUCUUAUCAGCAAUGGACGAUGAGAUACAGUCCAACAAACAAGAAAUUGGACAUGUGAAUAAGAAGCUUAAACUUGAUGUUACUGAAUUUAGAAACGUUGAACCCACUACGAGCCGCAUUAUUUCUCGUUGGAGUAAUGAUGAAGUUAUGCUUGCUAUUCAAGGAAUGCGCAAAUAUGGAAAAGAUUUCAAAGCCAUUGCUGAAACAAUGGGAACAAAGACUCAAACCCAUUUGAAAUCAUUUUAUUCUCAUUAUCGUAAACGUUAUAAACUUGAUACAAUACUAAAAAAGUAUGAUGCUGAGCAAAAUACAGUGAUAAUUGAGCUUAGUGAUGACGAAGAUGAACCGGUUAUCAGAAAAGAUGAGCCUUCGUCUACAAUAACAAGACAGAGUACACCAUCAGCUUUGGCUUCUGGAACUCGGCUUAUUAAUAACCUUACAUUGAACCCUAAAGCGCAUCAAACGGCUGCUGCUGCAAAGUGA